AUGAUACGUCUCGUGAUAUUUUAUAUAUUGUGCUUCGAUCUCGCUAGAUCUCAGUUCUCAGUACCACCUCGUGUUCAAGUGACUCCUCGAUGUGGCUCGCAACUGAUCACGAUAGAAGUGAAAUUCAAUCCCAACUAUUAUGCUGGAGGGAAAUUUACCGACUGGAUAGUUGUUGGGGUUUCAGGCCGACCAGAAUGUCGUCUACGGGGGAACGGCGAAACUCAAUACGUGAUUGAAAUCGCUGUAUUCAAUGAUCCAUGUCUAACUCAAAUGCCAGCACCUGGUGUUUUUCAAAACCGGAUCCGAAUCGGACAAAAUCCGGCAGUAAUCCUACAAGGUGAUCAAACUCUUACUGUAAAAUGUGUUUAUGGAUUACCGGAAGUGGAAACAUUACCGCUGCCAAUAAUUAACCCGAAUUUCAACAUUGAGAGUGGUGCAUCAUCGUCUGCCGGUUUACCACCGGGUGCUAUAAUUCCAACAGCUCAUACAAUUACUGGCACACUUCCACAACCUCAACUCCAACCACAUCCGUCUGCUGUUACUACACGAACGGGUUCUUCUGGACUAGGGAUCUCGGAUACAUCCCAGGGGACAGAAAAAAUGGCCAGUGUCGAUGUGGCAAGUAUAGGUACUCAGUUGGAGGAAUUACUGAAGCGACAAAAUUCAGGAUCAAACGCCAAUAAUCGCCAAGGAGUGCACAACAGUCAGUUGACGGAUUUAUUGGACGGCCGAAAUCCUGGCCCGAAUUCGAUCAUCCCUCAGCUGCCGUCACGCAUCACGGAUCGAACUGGAAGCGAUGGGAUAAAGAAUGUGAACGAUAUAAGCGAUAUUCAAGUGGAUACUCAUCCUGUUGAACAACCUGUACGAGUUGAAACAGCUACUACAGCCGAGAGCAGUGGAGCAGGAGCUCAGCAACGUGGUCGUGCAGCUCCAAACCUUUCCGUCUGGUUAUUACCGUUACUGCUUGGAGCCGUUCUGUUGGCUUUGUGUAUUCUUUGCUGUCUGUACGUUUGUCUGAAACGACAUCAUGAGGCUAAACAGAAUCGUUCACGCUUACUUGUUGGUAUACCUGGAGGAUCUAAUGACAACAAAAACAAUUCACAUCCGCUUUGGUGGGGCGGUCGAGAGGCCAAUCGUAGUGAUCGUGCCAAUUUCUCAGAGGGUCACACGAAUUCAGCUGCAGUUUCUCCGGCUGAAUCACAAGAAACAUCAUCUACAGCUCAAGCGACACGUAGUGCAUCUUCUGCACCAGCGGCAAAACCACGUGGAAUCUUCAAGAAAAAUUCCGGAAGAAAUAUUGACAGAGAAGAUGCCGCUCAAUCCAUGAGGGAAAUCUAUGGAACAUCCAGAGAUGGCAGCAACGGUUCACACUAUGCUUCGUCUGGAUUCUAUGGUAGAAAACAAUUCGAGACCGAUGUUCCAAGCCGACAACCUAGUUCUAAUCGAGCAGACUAUUUAAGUACACUCGAAAGAACGAGUUCAAAUGGGCUGAAUUUGAGAUCUAACUUGGAGGAAUACGUGCAACGAACACACUCUCAACGCAAUAGCCAACGUAGUCAGUACGCGUCUCGUCUGGAAUUCAAUGAUCCUGAUCUCUUCAGUGAACGAGGAGUUGAUAUUGGUACCGAUGUCAAUGUACAGCAAAUGCUUCCGAAAAGUUAUGCGGAAUGGCGACAUUGCCUUAUUGCUGGUUCUUCUGUUAACAGGGGAGGUAGCCUUAAGGUGACUUCACUUGAGCAGGAAGCAGGUCGUCCUGAGGAUUCUGGAAUUUCCUCAUAUAGAUCCAUAACAGAAAUAUAUCAUGCAGCCGAAACCGCUGAGCAAGGAAAAAGUGAUGAAACACAUAAAGGAGAACUCCUUGUUGAACAUCGUGAUGUGCCUCCGAUCGAGAUCCUUGAGAAAUGUGUUUUGCCUAUUCGUGGUUUUGGUGCCCGGAAGCUGACAGAGCAGGAAUUAGGUCGAUGGCGUCAAUUACUUGUUAGAGACACAAUGUUCAGACGUCAGUUGUUGAUGGCGACAAGUGUCCAAGAACUGGACGACAUCUCACAACAACCUGAGUAUCGAAAUCUAUUCACACGUGAAAAAUGGGCGCAAAUUAUGCAAUGUGUACAUAAUGCGCUCAAUCAGAGUACUGCUCCAUCACUGGAAACAGCGGCGUCAAAUUCUCAAUUAAACGUCUAUAUCGGUAAUGUAGGAUCUGACUGGUGA